UACUGUUUUGACUGGAGGAUGAAUCUCGACAAAGUCAGCAUUCUCGUCUGCCUCACACCGAACAUAAAGCCCGUGCAAACGGACGAGCAGCAGAGCACAAAAAUCCAGAAGCUGGGCAUGAUCAUUUCCAUUCGGUUUCUCAUCGCCUCCUUCUUGAUGUACGCCAUCAUUCCCGAGCUGAGGGACCUUCACGGCAAAAUGCUCAUGUGCUACGUCAUCUGCCUCAUCAUCGCGUACGUCUUCUUGAGUUUGGCCAACUACCUCUGCAUAUCGCCGUACGACCUGUGCAUCGGCAUGGGGUUUAAUGAGAUUUUCUCCGCUUGUGCGACAUCGAUUAAUCGCUUCCGGAGAUAUCGAGUUCGAGUCUUUCGACGGUUUCAUCGUGCUCUCGAGACCGAAAUGGCUUUUCACUCGAGCAUUGGAUAUCCAAAUGCCGAGACGUCUAAAAUUACAUGGUUGUCGGUUUGGCGAAGCCAUCUCGAAAAGAUUAUUGGCCAAGCCGCAUUUCUUUCCGAGCUACAUAAACAUCCGCAGCAGCAGCAGAAUGAUAUUUUCCUGUGUACGGGCACACGAUACCUUUUGGGGCAGAGGAAGGGGGAGGCAGAAAAAGUCACUUCCCGUUCAGAGAUGCCGUAGCAGGUACGCGUGCAUCUCUCUUUGAUAACACGGAUUAGUUUCCACCAUCCGCCAUCACACCGCCCCCCGGCUCGCUCGAGGGGGCAUUUGGUUUGUCGGUUCACACACUAACGGUGGUGGAAUUAACGGUUUA